UUGAAAGAGAAUGGUCAGAUUUACAUAUUUAACUCAGAUAAUAGAUGGUUCCCUUCACAGGAAGGCUUGGUAGGUUUCCCCCUCUCUUGCCCCACCCCUAAAAAUUUUUCCGUUCCCCUCCCCCCGGCCCCCCCCCUUUUUUUUUUUUUUUUUUCUUUUUCUACCCCUUUUCGUCCCUCUACUCCCCCUCUGGCUUUUUCUUUCUCUUUUCUUUUCCUUUGGUGA